ACAAAUAGGGAAAUGGAUUCUCUCUCUGUGGAAGAUCUUUCUUGUCCCGUGUGCUGUGAAAUCUUCAAGGUUCCUGUUCUUCUGUCGUGUAGUCACAGUUUCUGUAAAGAGUGUCUUCAACAGUUCUGGAAAACCAAGAGUUCUCAGGAGUGUCCAGUCUGCAGGAGAAGAUCCUCUAAACCCAAUCCUCCUGUGAGUCUUUCAUUGAAGAACGUGUGCGAGUCGUUCCUGAAGGCCAGACAUGAGAGACGUUCAUCAGGGUGUGAGGAGAUCUGCAGUUUACACAGUGAGAAACUCAAACUCUUCUGUCUGGAUGAUAAACAGCCGGUGUGUUUAGUGUGCAGAGAUUCAGAGAAACACGUCAAUCACAAAUUCAGACCCAUCGGUGAAGUUCUUCCAUCUUACAAGGAGGAACUCAACACAGCACUUACAUCUUUACAAGAGAAACUGAAACACACAGAAGACAUGAAAGGUGAGUGUGAUAAAACAGUUCAACACAUCAAGACUCAAGCUGAGCACACGGAGCAUCAGAUUAAAGAGCAGUUUGAGAAGCUUCACGAGUUUCUCCGAGAGGAAGAAGAAGCUACAAUCACUGAACUGAGAGAGGAAGAGGAGCAGAAGAGUCAUAUGAUGAAGGAGAAGCUUGAGGAGAUGAACACACACAUCUCAGCUCUUUCACACACAAUCAAAGACAUGGAGGAACUGAUGAAAGCCAAUGACGUCUCGUUUCUACAGGACUUUAAUGUGACGAUGGAAAGAGUCCAGAGCUCACAGCCGGAUCCACAGAUGACUUCUGGAGCUCUCAUUCAUGUGCCACAUUACUUGGGCAACCUGACAUUCAGAGUCUGGAAGAAGAUGCGAGACAUUGUCCACAAGACUCCUGUGAUUCUGGAUCCAAACACUGCACAUCCAUGUCUGAUCCUGUCUGAUGAUCUGACCAGUGUGAGAUACAGUGAGAACAGACAGACAUUACCUGAUAAUCCCGAGAGAUUAGACAGAUAUCCGUGUGUUCUGGGUUCAGAGGGUUUUAACUCAGGAACACACUGCUGGGAUGUGGAGGUUGGAGACAAUAAUUACUGGACUAUUGGAAUAACUACAGCAUCAAACCAGAGGAAGGGAGCUGUUUUCUUUAACACUGGUGUCUGGUGUGUGCAGUACUCAGAGAAUGAAUAUUAUUCACAAUCCCCAGAGAAACCCCUCACUCACUUUACAGUUAAAGAGAAACUCGAGCGUGUGAGAGUUCAGCUGCAUUAUGAAACAGGAAAAGUGUCAUUCUCUGAUCCUGUAACUAACACACAUCUACUGACAUUCACACACACAUUUACAGAGACACUCUUUCCAUUAUUCUAUAGUUAUGAUACCAACCCUAUUAACCCUCUGAGGAUCUUACCAGUUAAACUGACUGUAACAACCAGCGCAUGAGAGAAAUCAAGAGCAGAUACAAACAUAUUUAUCUAGUGGAAUAAUUCCUGCUGAGAAUAAAAGAUAGUGGCCCGUAUUAUAAAUCAGACCUCUGUAAUGAAUCGUGGGAGUUGAUCAUGAAGGGACUGAAUCAUGAAGAAACUUCAAUAAUGUUGGUGGCACAAUGACUCUAAAGGGGCAUUUACAGCUUUUUCUUGAUGAGUUCCUUUGCUAAUGAAGUAGAAGUGUUAUUCUGGAAAGAUUGUCUGAAACUCUGUGGCAGAAAUGUGUUCACAUGUCUAAAUGUGAUGAGUUCAAUCGAGCUUCUGUAGACGCUCAGGAGCUCACACCCAAAAUAAUAGAGUUAUAAUGUUAAUAAAAGCACAUUCAUUACAUUCUGUGGGACAGCCAAUCAGAGUGUAUGUUUUAUUCUGUACACUCUCUUCAUGUUUUAGUGCAUUAAAUAAA